AUGACGGCCCCUCUGCAAUUUGCGCCUUUCGUCCCAGAGAUCGAGUUGUCGUUCUACUCGGCACUCUUUGCCUCGAAACUUGAGCAUGAUAAGCUCGACGACUCAGCGCGGCGCAUUCUUGGUCUCUAUGAACCCCGCUUGGAAGAACCAGAGUCCAGCUGCCGCAUGCAGAUAUUAGGGAAUUCCCUCACAAGCAGCAGUCCGCCUCUUGGGACAAUGAGGGCCGAGGGAAUCAUUAGGAACGUCAAUACACUUGAGGAUUUCAAGAAUACAGACAUGCCUGCUAUGCUCAAGACUGCUGGCCGACAGAUCUGGGAUGCGAUCAAAGAUGGUAGUAUCUACUCUGUUCCAUCCCUGCUUUCGUCAUUCAUCAUACUCUCAUACGCGGACCUGAAGAAGUACAAGUUUAAGUACUGGUUCGCUUUCCCUGCUCUGCACUCUGAUCCUUCGUGGAAGCGAUCCGGCCCAGCCGAACGUCUCAACUCCAUGGAGAGCACGGCGCUUGUUGACAGGGUAGGAACUUGGAGGUACAGUGUCGACUCCCGCGAGCAUGGCUUCUUUUUGGUCAAGAAGGUACACGGUGAAGAGAAGGAUACAGAUGAUCCGGAGUCUUCGCAGGGACUUCCUUUUCGAUGGGAAGUUGCCUCACUGCGAGAGUUUGAGAAUGGCUUCUUCGACCAGGUGGCUGAGGGGGACCGUUACGUUGCGUUUGUUGAUCCUUCGACUUACCCAGAAGGCCCUGGAUGGCCCCUGAGAAAUUUCCUGGUCCUUAUCCGACAAAGGUUCCAUCUGACAAAGACAAAAGUGAUCUGCUACAGAGACAUCCAGGCAAAGAGACACGAAGCUCGCAGCGUUAUUCUUCCAAUCGACAUGGAUCUAGUCGAGAACUUAGAGAUCACUGAAAUGCCCAAGGUUACUGGCUGGGCACGGUCGAAUAAUGGCAGACUCCAGGCACAGCAAGUCAACCUAGGAGAGUAUAUGGAUCCUGCACGACAGGCUGAUGGAUCUGUCGAUCUGAACCUGAAGCUCAUGAAAUGGAGGAUCGCCCCUGAACUCGACCUAGAUGCGAUUAAGAAUACGAAGUGCCUGCUACUUGGCGCUGGUACGCUGGGAAGUUAUGUCUCCAGAAACCUUAUGGGCUGGGGUGUCCGGAAGAUAACGUUUGUGGAUUACGGGCGAGUAUCAUUUUCCAACCCUGUCCGACAGCCACUUUUCAACUUCCAAGACUGCCUCAAAGGAGGAAAAGCGAAAGCACCUCGAGCUGCUGAAGCAUUGAAAGAAAUCUUCCCAAGCAUAGAUAGUGAAGGGCACACGCUGUCUGUUCCUAUGCUUGGUCACCCUUACAUAGAAGAGUCGAAGACUAGAGAGGAAUACGAAAAGCUGGAGAAGCUCAUUGACGAACACGACGUCAUUUUCCUCCUCAUGGAUUCAAGAGAGUCUCGAUGGCUGCCAACGGUCAUGGGAAAGGCCAAAGGAAAGAUUGUCAUGAACGCUGCCCUUGGCUUCGAUUCGUAUGUUGUUAUGCGACAUGGCUCUGAAGGCCAUGCCGAAGGGCAGGCACCGCUUGGUUGCUAUUUCUGCAACGACGUCGUGGCCCCAGCUGAUUCUCAAAAGGACCAGACCCUGGAUCAGCAAUGUACGGUCACUCGACCCGGUGUUGCAGCGAUUGCGUCUGCCCUUCUUGUCGAGCUUCUAUCAAGCUUGUUACAACACCCCCUAGGUAAAGAUGCACCAGCACCACAGCCAAGUCCAGGAGUAAUUCCAGAGCGAGACCCACCUGACCAUCCCCUGGGUUUGAUUCCGCAUCAAAUAAGGGGCUAUGUCUCGACAUUUCAGAACAUUGUUAUCCGUGGCCAAUCUUACGACUGUUGCAGCGCAUGCAGCCCCAAGAUUCUUGAUGCCUACCGCAAUGACGGAUGGGACUUUGUGAAGAAAGCGUUGCAAGAGAAGGAUUAUGUGGCAGAGCUAUCGGGUCUAGCCGAGGUGCAGCGAAGAGCAGAGGAGAUGGCUGCCCAGGUUGACUGGGAUGAGGACGACGACCUUGUCGAAGAUGGUGACGGAGAGCUAAUCUAG